AUGAUGGUACGGAGCACAAGUCAAAAGGACAUGUGCAGAAGACGCACUUCAAGUGCAAAGGAGCUCACUGUCGCUCCGUCGGUGCACGCAACUCCCAGAUCAUACACAGAGUCCGGACCCAUAAGAGAAGGGCUCUCUCUGAAGAGAUGCAAUCUCAAAACUACCGACACGAAAGAAUCAUAUUUGGAAAUGCUCUGAAGCCAAAUGAACACCAUUAUUAGGACGGCGCGAAAAGAAAUACGGGCAGCCCUCCCUCCUGUUCGUUGGUAUCCUCUUCCUCCUCCUGCUGUUGUUGUUCGAGCUUGUCCACUGCUUCUCCUCCGUCGUCGGGAUGAUCCUCGAUGGCGUCCUCGUCCUACCCCUCGUCCUCUUGUUGUUCGGGGUCGUCUCCGUCGUAAUUCGUCGU